UAUCCUCAAUUUGAAUCAAUAUGGCGAACGAGGCUGUGUGAGUGUUUUCUCAUGGAAAUAAACGAAAUCGAAAGCGUUUUAACAUUGUCUAAGUUUAUGUUGAUAAAAUAUUUUCUUUAAAAUGAAAAAUUCCUCUGUGUUUGCUUCUUCCAUCAAAGAUAUUACUUUAGUUAAAGAAGAAUCUCAGAGCCAAACAUUCAAUAACCACGAGCCUGAAAAUAAAAGUUAUCAUAGUGCUGUCGAGUUAGAAACAUUAGCUGCUGAGAAUCCUACUUGUUCUUCAAAAGUUGAAAGUUAUGUUUCUGAUAUAAACGAAGAAUUUAGAAAUAUUAACAAUAGUGCAACAUCCCCAAUGACAUUAAAACAAUCUUUUCAAGUUGUAUCAACAAACGAAAAUCUUACUACUUUAACAGAUUUAGAUGGCGCUGUUUAUGUUUUAUUAAGAAGUGAUGGUUGUUCUGUUAAUAACUCUAACUCUGAACAUUUAAUAAACAUAGACCCUUCUGAAGAAAUUAAAGGUAGUCUUAAUGUAAAUAGUCCUUCUACAUUAGAUAUCAUAAAUUCAGACGGUGUCCCAUUAAGUUUAACUGUUAGUGAAUUACUAUCAUCAAUAAAUACGACUAAAUCUAGCAAUGCUCUAAAUCAUCAAAGAAAUAGUACUUAUGUAUCUGCUUAUAGCAGAUCAAACAUGCUAAAUUUAUCAUCUUCAAUUUUAUCAACUGCAGAAGUUGAUGUUAAUCUAAAUAAGGGAGAUAAAUGCAGACAAGUUCAUUUAAAUGUGAAGAAUGAAAUUUUUGUAAAUAAGUUGCCUAAAUGGGCUGAACUAUUGCAAGACUGUAAACUUAUUGGAGAUAUGUAUACAGGCUAUGUUCUCAAUGAACAUGAAAUGGAUAAUGUAGUUAACAUGUACAAAAAAGAGACUCAAACUCUAUUUUCAGUUCGACAAACUCCACCUCCUCCUAAAACAGAAACUAAUGAUACAAUAAGGUUGAUGUGGAAAUCUCAUUAUGUUCCAUUUGAUGGAAUACCAUUUGUAAAUAUUGGUCGCAGAGCAACUGUUUAUGAAUGUGAACAUGGUCCUAGAAAAAGAACUAGUAUAGUUAAGCGAAUUGUGCAAAUGCAUGAUCAAAAUAAUUCAACCAAGAAAAUUCCAACUUUUACAUGUCCUGCGAGAUUGUUUGUAAAAAAAGUUAGAAAAUUCCCACAGUUUAAAGUUCCAGUUGAUUCUGAUCCUAAGCUGUUACGUCAGCUGCAAGAGCAUUCUUUAAGGCAUGUACGCCAAUCUGGAUUUGAAAGUGGAGAGACAAGAUUAUAUAUGCACUUGCCUCUUACAACAAGUCAUAGAUAUCAUCAUAUUGGAAAUGCAGUUGAUACCUACCAACUGAGUAUGCAACAAGAAAAUGGUUUAGAAUCUUUAUCAGUUGAUAGGCGUGUUUUAGAAAUGUUGCAAAUACUGGUUAGGCAAGGAUUUAAAAACCCUUUUGUUGUGAGAUCAGCAUUAAAAGACUUUGUUGAAAAUAAAAUGAAGCUUGAGUCUUCAGAAAACCAACCAGAACACCAUGAUAAAUCAUUUUAUCCACCAAUGAUUGAAAUUCAAAAUCUGAUUCAACAAACUGAUAUAGCUUUACAAUCUGGUUUAUUGUCUUACCUUCAACCGCCAACCGGUUCACUCAUAACUCCGAGUCGUAACAAAAAAAGAAGCAAUCUAUCUAAUGAAUCAUCAUUCAAAAAAGUAAAAGUAGAAAGAGAUUCUGAUAAUUGUAAAGCUGAAACUAAAGCUUCAAUUACUGGAACAUCUGAAACACUAUCUUUAACAUUGACUGAUAACCAGCUAGAAAACUUUUCAGUUGCUAACCUUUCUUAUGAGCAACUUGCACAACUAGCUAAAAUCGGUCUUUUAGUACUAAAUAAUGCUGCAAAAGAAUCUCAUUAUGUUGAAUCUUCCGAAUGCAAUGAUGUUUUAGAAAGUUCAAAUUUAAGAGAUGACUCCGAAGUUACCAAAGUAAAGUGAAUAUACAUUCGUUUAUACUUUCCUUUAUACUGAGAAGCUUUUUUACGUAUCACCCUACAACGUUA